AAAAAAAAGUUUAAGAAAAUGCUUGUUCAACAAAAGAAUCCAAAUUUGGUCGAGUUUGUGCUAAUUGAAUAUCCUGGCGUUAUUCAAAAUGUUGAUGCAGCUGUACAAACUCUUGGAGGAUUGAGGACUAUUUCUGCGGCGCAUUUUGCCUCAAAUCCAAUUGAAUUACAAUUUCGUCCAGACAAUUUAUUCCAUUCUUCAUUAAUUGCCGAACGUCGUAAUCAAGGUGUUGUAUUCUCUGGGCAUUUAAAUUUAGUUAUACGUGUAAGAAAACGAAAACAAGAACAAACAGAAAGAAAGGGAGGAGGGGGGUUAUCUACUAUUAAUCAACAAGAAAAGCAGCCUUUAAUUGAAGUUAAAUGUUUGGGAAUGGUUUCUACAGUUUAUUCUUUUCGAGCAAUUUGUGAUUUUCAAUAUUUACCUCUAAGCAAUUUUAAUUUAAAUGAAAGUGUUGAUGAAGCACAUAUUCGCCAUGAUUUGGUUCCUAUACUUGUUCCAAACGAUUUUCUUUCUUCUUUAUCUUGGUGGAAUGAGGAUCAUUCUGGAUCUUCCCAAGCUUCAACUUCUUUAACCUCCAAAUUAUUUAAUGAAGCACAUCAGUUUUUACCUCCAUAUCAAUUUAGUCGUUACAAUCAUCCUUCAAAGUUUUUGUUACAUGACGAAGUUGACCACAAAGCGACGCGAGGAAAUGUUGGGCAUGGAAAAAGUCUUCGUUGUGAACGUAAAUCCCUAACAACUACCGUUAAUGCAAAGGAUCCGUUUCCGGUUGCGCCAAGUGAGGAGGCUCUACGGGACGUUGACUUGAGGCAAAUUAAUUAUUUUUAA